GUCCAAUAUACUUGCAUCGAGGUCUCACAUUUCUUAAACAACAAAAUCCAAUACUUGAAGAAGCAGUUGAGAGAACAUUAAAUCUCGUUUGGAGUGAACAAUGGAAACCUCGCGUGAUUGUUCAAAGCGAGUCGCCCAACUAUCCGCCUUUUCCAAUAAAUCUUACAAAACGAACAGAUAACGCUAACGUUGACAAUAUUCGAUUACUGACCGCCAUAAGAAUAGAUGUUAAAGACUUUUCAGUUCAAUUACAGCAUGGAGUAGACGAAUCAUAUACGUUAGAUAUAUUUUCAGAUAGAAUUGGUACCAUUACGUCUAAGACCGUUUGGGGGGCGUUACAUGCUCUCCAGACACUAAAUCAAAUUGUUGUUAGUGAUGGAAAUGGUGGCCUAAUGAUUGAGAAGACUGUUCACAUAGAGGAUGCUCCUCUCUAUCCACAUCGUGGUCUUCUUCUUGAUACCGCCAGGAAUUUCUAUCCUGUUAGUGAUUUAUUGAAAACGAUUGACGCACUUGCAUGGAGUAAAAUGAAUGUAUUUCAUUGGCAUUUAGUUGAUUCUCAAUCUUGGCCGCUACAACUUAGAAGUUAUCCGCAAAUGACGGGAGAUGCAUAUUCUAAUAAUGAAAUAUAUUCUCAAUCUGAUGUUCGGCGAGUCAUUGACUAUGGGAGAUUGAGAGGCGUACGUAUUCUUCCCGAAUUUGAUAUGCCAGGGCAUGCACGCGCUGGAUAUCAACAGAUUAACCCAGAGAUCGUAGCUUGCGGCGAUUCAUGGUGGUCUAAUGAUGAUUGGCCAUACCACACUGCAGUUGAGCCACCACCCGGUCAAUUGGAUAUAAUCAACCAGGAGACUUAUAAAGUUGUCAAUAACAUCAUAUCAGAGGUGACAUCGAUGUUCCCGGAAAAGCUUUUCCAUGCGGGAUUUGAUGAGCUCAGUCAAAAUUGUUACAAUUAUUCAAAAUAUGUAAGCGAAUGGUUCAAAGAGAAUCCCAACGCUACGUAUCCGGAUUUAGCUCAGUAUUUUCUGGAUAGAGUCUAUCCAAUUAUUAAAGCCACCAAUAAACGCAUUGUAAUGUGGGAAGAUGUACUUCUUUCUCCUGAUUUCCCUGCCAAGGAUGUUCCCAAGGAUGUUAUUCUUCAGUCUUGGAAUGAAGGUGUCAAUAAUACAAAGAAAAUCGCUGCAGCAGGAUAUGAUGUGAUUGUUUCCUCGGCAGACUUCUUAUACUUAGAUUGUGGGUUCGGCGGAUGGGUUAGCAAUGAUCCGCGAUACAAUCAGAACUUGAAGAAUGGCGCUACGAUUGGUGAAUUCAAUUGGGGUGGGACCGGUGGUUCGUGGUGUGCUCCGUAUAAAACAUGGCAACGGAUUUAUGACUAUGACAUCGAUUACACACUCACUGAUAACGAGAAAAAACAUGUUCUUGGAGCAGAAGCUGCCUUGUGGUCAGAGCAGUCGGAUGGAGUUGUCCUAGACUCCAAAGUUUGGCCACGGACAGCAGCUCUGGCUGAACUUUUAUGGUCAGGGAAUAAAGACGCAUCAGGUCGUAAACGCUAUCGUGAGAUGGCUCAGCGCAUCAAUGAAUAUAGGGAGCGACUCGUGGCGCGUGGGGUUGGUGCAGCACCAUUGCAGUCUAAAUGGUGCUACAAGAAUCCUCAUGCUUGUGACCUUUUCCGAAACGAAACAGUACCGGAUUACAACUAA